AUGGUAAAUUUAAAAAGUAAGAAAAGAUUCUGGACUAAGUUUUGGAAGCAAAAAAUCCCACCAAAAGUGAAGAACCUGGUUUGGAGAGCUGCCCGAGAGUGUCUGCCCACGCUGCAGCAAUUGAAAACUAAAAGAGUGGAUGUACAAACAUCCUGCCCAGUCUGCCAUAGCGAAGAUGAAUCCGUCAUCCACGCACUCAUCACUUGCACAAAAGUGAAGCAGGUGUGGGACAGAGUUGGCAUCGGAACAACCACUGCUGCAGCCGAACCAGAAAACUUUACGGGUCGGUUUGUCAUUGCUUUUCUUCUUCUUGAAGCAGAGAAAAAACUGCUACUUCCGGUUCUGUGUUGGGCCAUUUGGAGCGCCCGUAACGAUGUUGUGUGGCAAAAGAAAUCUGUUACUGCAGCUAGCAUUGUAGUGUUAGCAACCGGUUACCUUGAACAAUGGAAGAAUGCUCAAAAUUCUCGAAUCGAGACGUCAUGGUCAGGCCUUAAAGCCGAUGACGGGGCUGAGCAUUGGACUGUCCCAAGUAUUGAUCACAUCAAGGUAAAUGUUGACGCUGCUCUCUUUGAUAGUGGUAACAAAUAUGGAUGCGGGUUAGUGGCAAGAGACCAUCACGGCAUGCUAAUUGAGGGGAAGAUGAAACUUUUUUCUGGUUCGGUUUCACCCGAGGUAGCGGAAUCCAUUGGCAUUCGUGAAGCGUUAAGUUGGAUAAAGAGGCACAAUUGGCAACAUGUUACACUUGAAACAGAUUGUUUAACGGUAGUCCAAGCGAUAAGAAGCGAGGUGAAAAUGAUUUCAAUGUUUGGACAAAUUAUCCAAGAGUGUAAAAAUCUGUUGUUAGAAUUGAAAACUAUUUCUAUGUUAUUUGUUAAACGAUCAGCAAAUAUGGUAGCUCAUAACUGUGCAAGAGCUUCUAUAUUUUUUCCUGGUUGUAUCUUCGAUAUGGAGUCUGUUCCAUUCGACUUGCUACCUUCUUUAGUAGCGGAUUUUAAUGGUUAA